AUGUCUUCAAUCCUGUCUCACAAUGACACAUAUAACAUUAUCCAAUUUACAGGCGAGGGAGCCUAUGGGGAGGUGACCUGCUGUCGUAAAAGAAGUACUGGUCAGUUUGUUGCUAUCAAGACUCUAAAAUAUGGUAGCUGCAGUGCCGCAGAAGUAAGGAUGUUAAAACUCUUGCAAAAUGAGGAUGGAGACAAGUUUCAUAUUGUAAAACUUCUUGAAUGCUUCCACAUAGAUGCAAAAUCUUACCUUGUAUUUGAACUAAUGGAGCAGAACUUGCAAGACUUCCAGAAUGCUAACAACUCUGCCCCUCUCCCUGUCAAGCAUAUUCGGACCAUUGCCAUCCAGUUGCUGAGGGCUUUGGAUAAGCUUAAGGAAUUGUCUAUUAUCCACACAGACAUCAAGCCAGACAAUAUCAUGUUUGUGGAACACAUGCGGUUUCCUUUCAGAGUCAAAGUGAUCGACUUUGGCUCGGCCAGUAUAUUGCCUGAGGUUCAACAUAUUCGAGACCCAUACAUCCAGGCCAGAUACUACAGAUCUCCAGAGAUCCUCUUAGGGUUGCCUUUCUGUGAAAAGUUGGAUAUGUGGUCCCUCGGUUGUGUGCUCGCUGAGCUUCGUCUUGGUAGCCCUUUGUAUCCUGGUAAAAAUCAAUACGAUCAGAUCAGAAUCAUUGUUGAAACACAAGGCCAACCCCAUGAUUAUCUGCUCAAUCAAGCAAGUAAAGCUCAUCUUUUCUUCAAAAGAAACUCCUGUUCUCAUUCAGGUCACCAGUGGCAACUUAAGCCAUUGCCUGAGUACCAAAUGAAGAUGUUUAUGCAACCUUUGGAGCCAAGAAGACGUACUUUGAAGUCACUUGAUGAACUUGAAACAUUCAGCAUCAUCAAAACUUUGUUCCCAAAUGGCGAGGAUAUAGCCGAGUUCCAUGAUUGCAACAGCAUGGUAGACCUUGUGAAGAGAAUGCUGAGCUUUGAUCCCAAAAAUCGCAUUUCUCCAAGAACUGCUUUACGACAUCCAUUCAUCACUAUGGAGCAACUGGAGAAGAACUAUAAGCAUACAAAGUAUUAUGACCUGUCUGUUCAAGGCCUUGCUGCUGCUUUGAAUUAUGUUGGAACUGAAAAUAACAGAAAUAGUUGCCAUCAGCUUCAGGAGUCUCAUAAUGCAAAUACUGUGCGUCGUGACAAUAUGCAGGACCAACCUAAUCACAGGACUGCCUUUGUCCAAACAGUAGUUGACAAAAGGGACAAUUUCACUAUUGAAAAGUCAGGAAAAAUGCAUAAGCUUAUGAUGCCCUGUGAGGAAACAAUCAGUUUAGUCCACCAGCCCUUUCCUCCUUGCACACAAGAUGCCAGAUACCUCCCUUACCCACAUCAAGAAAAUUGUCAGCAGAUAUCUUGGUAUGUACACAGGCAAGCUGCUACCAACCUACCUCCGUCUCACCUGUCAAGGUCAGAUCAUUCUUUUGGGAAUGUGAUUCCACUUGAUCAGAUGUCUGAUAAGAACAGAAACACCAGUACACUCUCAACUGUCUCCCAGUCAAUGAAAAAAGGUCAAGAGAAUGAAGAUAACAAAUCUGAAAAAUAUUCUUCAAGAUCUUCUGUAACAGAGGAGAAACAUAUUACGAAAGCUCAAAUAAAGGAAACAGCAAAAGUACAACUGAAUAAUCCCAGUGCAAAAGAAAAUAAUCCUGCACUGGCAAAAUAUUACAUACAUCUGAAGAGGAGUGCCACGAAGGCCUUAAUUCGGAGAGAAAACAUGGGGGCAAUGUUGGGAUUCGCAAGCCCAAUUCACAGGGACUGCUCUUGUGCUGGGACAAAGCAGAGCCUGAAAACUGGGGUGCACCUGCACAAACAGCAGAAUUCUAUUCCAACAGGACCAUGUAUGUCAAACCUGAGAAAUACCGAAAAAACACCAGUCCUCGUAAUACAUAAGCAGGAACAGCUAAGAAACAACUAUGCUGAUGAAGUUCUAAAGAGUGGUGAGAAUUAUACUACACAUCUUUCAGGAAUUCAAGCAUUGCAUUAUUCUUUAGAAAAUAUAGUGAAACCCUCAUCCUUUCCUAAUUAA